AGCCAAUCAAAAUCAAGCUUACAAAAGAAACAAGAAAUAUGGCUGCCUCCAUGAACACAACUUUGUCUUUGGAAGAAAACAUUUUAAGAGAUAUUACAACUCAGUUUUUCGAGAUGGUACCAAUAAGGCGAAUGAAAUGGAAGACAACACCAUCGAUAGAUGAUAAAGAUAUAUCCCCAGACAUGCAGAGGGCUGUCCUGAAGGCCACCGUUCAACAUGCCACAUGUAAGCAGUAUCCGCCAUCUCUCAGCUAUCAGCGUGCAUUCGUUAAAAGCAUCUUACAUAAGCUUGAAGAUAUUGAUGCCGAUAUCUGUGAUGAAAUCUAUGAAACAUACUCAGAUCUUCUACAACAAAAGGAGGAAGAGGAUGAUACACUAUGUUACAAAACUUAUACAUUGGUAUGUAUUGAGCUAAGGGUUAUGGAGAGUGUCCCCUGGCAUGUACUUUUUCGUCAGGAUGAGAAAUGGGUUGCUGAAAUCGAUUGGGAAACAUCCGAGAUGGAUGUUUGGGAUAUAGCUCCGACUUUCAUCUUGCUGCAGGCAGCCUUACAUUUAGCAGAAUGGUGUUCUGAAAACAGCAAAUUCUUAGAAAACAAGCGUGUGAUGGAGUUAGGCAGUGGACUUGGACUCACCGGGAUCACCGUUUGUAGAAAGUGCCAGAUGAAGUCGUACACUUUCAGUGACUGUCACCAUCAGGUGCUUUAUCUUCUAAUGAAGAACAUUGAGACUAACUUUGCCAAACACACAUAUCUCUCACAACCGACCUUCACACCAAGCGAUAUAUUCCCCUCCACAUCCAAAGAGUGCACAGACAAAAAAGACGGACGUAUGAUGAAAUCAAUCCGGCGCCAGUUGAGUGUAAACGCUGAGCCCUCCAAUCCCUGUAAUGUGAGCAUGUGUUCCGAUAUUAUGGAGAUUAGCUAUACUUCUACUGCCUCAUCGUCUUACGAUGAUGAAAACAGUGAGGACAUAUUCGCUGAUCAGAAUGAUUUUCAUAUCGAGUCUCAGAACUGGGUUAUGGAUGAGUGUCUCCCUGGCAUGUACUUCUUCAGUCAGGAUGAGAGAAUCAGGUUGCUGAAAUACGAUUGGGAAACAUCCGAUGAUAGGAUGCUUUGGGAUAUAGCUCCGGACAUCAUACUUGCUGCAGAUGUUGUAUAUGAUAAGUCCAUUAUGCCUGCCCUGGUCUCUGUGUUGCGGAAGCUGCUGUCCCUUGAGAUUGAGAAUGGCCAGAGAGCCACUGCGUUUGUAGCAUCUACCAUCAGAAAUGAGGACACAAGGGACCACUUUCUCAUUGUGUUGGCCAAUGAAGGACUCACAUAUGAAAUCCUUGAUUCCCCGAAGAAGAGGAUGUUCCAUUACGAGGACACAAUUCCAAUUGAGAUUCUCAAAAUUCAGUGUCCUGCUGGAAGUUGAUACAGAGAUCCUCAUUGGAUAGAAUCCUGUGGAACAUAUCUAUUGUCUUGUUAAGUGAUUUCACUUUUUAAAAAAAGUUCUGAAAUAUAUUGUGUGUAACAAGUAACUAACUGUGUGUAAAAAGACAGUAAUUGUAAAGUUUAUCGGAGAGAAAUGAUCUUGAUUUUCAUUUAUCAGGGUUGUUUUAUUUGACUGCAUGUAUAAAGAAAAUGGAGGGUCUUGCAUGAUCUCUGGUAAUAUGUCCAUGUCUGGUAAUAAGCCCACCCAUGUCUUGCAAAAACCCUAGUGUUGGCUAUUCCAUUCUCCUUCAAUAAGCCUGCUUCCUACUAUGAGUAAAAAGUCAUGUGUUUAGCUUAACAAUGCUAAGGCAAUCAAUUGUCAGGCCAGUUGUUUGAUAAAUGAUAAGUUACUCUAAAGACCUUUAAUUUUGUGUAUAACAUUCCGUGAUAACAGUGUAUCUGUCUGGAAUGUAUUUGCAGGGGUUUAAGUUCAUGAAUCACUUCACAUUACCACACGAACGACUAGUGAAAGUUGGAGUGUAUGAUAAAAACCUCAAAAUAUUUGCGAGAUGCAAAAGUUUAUAAAUUUUGAUGCAUUUGCAAAAUUAGAAAAAUAAAAACCUUUGUGAAUGAUAUUUACUGUUACAGUAAUAAGUUGGUUUAAUAAUAUCAUGAUUGCCUAUGAAAUUUUUUUAAUAUAUCAUGUAAUUUGAUUUACUUUGCUUAAAAUAUUGUGUUCUUUGAUCAGUUUCCAAGAUAUCACAGUUUUAGAUAUGCAAACUGAUCAUAAUGUAGAUUUUUCUUACAAAAACUUUUCUGGUUCCAAGGCUUGACAAAAAAAUAAACUGUUUUGGUUCUAAGCUCCGAGCGGCUUGACGGGUUCUAAGCUCCGAGUGGCUUGACAAAUAAGUUGUUGAAGUAGUGUCUUCACUGUUUGAUAUCAUGAUAAGGAGAUGUUCAUUUAUACAAUACAGUAUUAAAAUUCUGGUUCCAAAGACUUGAACUACAGUACAUGUACUUAAACUAAUAAGGCGGGCCCUGGAUAUGCAGGUGGGCUAUGAUAAUUGUCCGUCCAUUUACUUUCGUUUUAAGGAACUGUCUCGUAAAUCAGAAGUCUAAAACUACUGAAAUUUUCUCUAGCUUAAUGGUAUAUUACAGCUAGUAUUUAUCAGGGUUACAAAUUAAUACAGUGUUCAGUGUAGAUAUACAGUGCUAUGUAAAUGUUCAAUAGGGUUUAAACAAAUUAUAAAGGUCAAGGUCAUUGUCAUAUUCAUUGUCUAUGAAAAAUAGAACAUGGAGAUAUAUUUAUGCAUUUUGUCAAGUUGUGGGUCUUUUACUACACACAACUGCAAGGUAAUCUGUUGGAAUGUUUAAUUAGAUAAUUUUGUUUCAAUAUGAUUUUCAAUGAGAAUAUUAAGAAAUGAGGAAUCAUGAUUUGUAAUUUUCUUGCCAAACCUAGUUAUUGCCAUAUUAAAUAUAGUUCCACUGUUGUUAUCUCCCUUUAUUAGUCAUACCAUCUCCAGUCCCUGUGACUGUUGUAUGGGUAUGGAUAUUUAUAUAUGGUACAAUAUGGCGGUACAUUAAAUCACAUAUGGCCAAAAAUUAACAUUUUCCGUGCAUAAACAUCUAAUUUUAUAACAAUUUUGUGAAUUUAUAUUUUUCAGGAGCGUGCUUUAAUUUUUUUGUAAAGAUUUUCCUUCCACUUAAAUAUCUUACCCUGAUACAGUUUAGUAGAUAGUCAAAAAUCAAGGAAAUAUCGUAGAUUUAAUCAGCCUAUUUUUGUGAAUCUCUAUCCAGUACUUGAUUUUAUAAGAUUACAGGUACCAGUCACAAUUUUCUCUAUUAGCUUAUUGGAUUUCAGGUAUCAGCAAUUGGUUCGUACAUGUUGGGUGUUGAAAGUUACUGAAUAUUGGUGACACUUGCUACAUGUUUUAAGCUACUGAUACAAAUGUAUGCUAGUCACAGGUAGUGGUUACAAUUUACUUUUUUUAUAGAUCUGCUGUUACACUGACCAUUAUUAAAGAUUUAAUAGGAAUUUUUAAGUAGUUGCUGUAGAUACAGCCAUCUUCAUUAUUUUCUGCACCCUGUCAUCGUCUGGCUUUGGAAACAGGCUGAAUACAUUUAUUUUAUUGUAUUUCUAUUUAGCAACCAACCUGAAUGAAAAUAAAUUGUGACUUAUCCCUGUGGUACCAAUUAGGUUGUGAUUCCGUUGCUGAUUGAUAUAAUUUCUGUGUUUGUCUUUUAUUGUCACUGUAUAAAUCUUGUUGUAGUCUACUUGUAGAUUUGUAGAACAUAUACAUGAACACCCCACCAUGACACCAGAACAAUGGAUGUGCCAUAAUGUGUUUUAUAGCGAAUCGAGUACUGUAUAUCAGCUAUAUUUUUCCUUUUUGCAUGAAAGGUUUUUGGUAUCAUAUGAUUAUGUGAUAAAUAUUCUUUAAGUCUGUGAUAUGUUUUGAUAAACUUAAUAUUCCAUUCCCACUUUCAGCUUUAAAUAACGUACAAUUAUCAUAUGAGUGCUUCAACAAACAAACAUGUAAUCAAAUGUAUUUAUUGUCAUAUGUCAUUCAUUUCAAAUUCAACAAUACGGUACAUGUUUAUGGGUACAUUUGUACGCAUCAUCGGAUGCCCACGGCAGAUUGCACUAUGCUUUGCUACACUUAGUGUAGCAUAGCUAAGUGCAAUCAACCGUGAGUGAAUGGUUUAGCAUAGCGUAGUGCGGUUGGUAUAAGAGAUGAUUUGUAUAUAGCUUCUGGGUUUUUUCCACGUAAAUGGCUGAAGCCUUGAAUCAAGGUUUUUUUCUACUAAAAUAUACAUUAUACAUUACAUAUUAUAGUUUAAGAAUAGAUUAUGUAAAAAUUCCUUAAUAUAUACAAUGUAAGGAUAUUUCUCCAAUGUAUAAGGCCAAUCAUAUUUUAUUUUUUUUAUACAAGUGUAGUUUUGAUUAUUUUCAGGAAACACGCCUGUAAGUCUAUGGAAAGUGCUUGUUUAUUAUUAACUAAAUUUCUCCAUUGUAUUUCAUAAAUCAUAUGGGAGUCAAUAUUUCCCAACAGAAUGAAAUCAAUCUAGUCACUCCUAAUGCAUAAUUAUUUGGCUUGCUGAUUUGUAAGUAGAUAUGUGUUCUAAUGAUGUCCUCGCAAUACGCUACAAAAUAAAACAGCAUCAUGUUGAAUAGACUGCUCAAAACAGUUCUACCAUUUUCUGUCAUUAUCUGGCAAAAAUGGCCUUUAAAACUGUUAUCAAUGGUGCAUUUCAACAAAAUUUUAUUGUAUGUAGCACAAGCAGGUUUAAGUGCUGCAAAUUCACCAAUAAUACCACCCUUAUUUUGUUAUUCUGUUAUUCUCCAAUUAGCCCACAAUUUACUUUGUUAUUGUGUUGCCCUACAAUAAGCCCACACCCUAAUUUGUUAUUCCGUUGCCCUACAAUAAGCCCACACCCUACUUUGUUAUUCCAUUGCCCUACAAUAAGCCUCACCCUAAUUUGUUAUUGUGUUACCCUACAAUAAGCCCACACCCUACUUUGUUAUUCCAUUGCCCUACAAUAAGCCCACACCCUAAUUUGUUAUUGUGUUGCCCUACAAUAAGCCCACACCCUACUUUGUUAUUCCAUUGCCCUACAAUAAGCCCACACCCUAAUUUGUUAUUGUGUUGCCCUACAAUAAGCCCACACCCUACUUUGUUAUUCCAUUGCCCUACAAUAAGCCCACACCCUAAUUUGUUAUUCCAGUGCCCUACAAUAAGCCCACACCCUACUUUGUUAUUCCAUUGCCCUACAAUAAGCCCACACCCUACUUUGUUAUUCCGUUGCCCUACAAUAAGCCCAUCCCAUAAUUUGUUAUUCUGUUGUUCUUCAAUAAGCCAAUCCUCUACUUUGAAUCAAAUCUUAUUAUCAUCUGCAAUCCUAGGCAGAUCACAGGAUGAAUAUAAUUAUAAGGUCAAUGUUUAUUUUUUCCUUACAAAUUAGUAAGCCAACAGGCCUACUACAGUGUUUAUGGUAAUGACGGUAGAAACUUCAGGCCAAGUGUUAAUUAAUUGACUCUUUUUUUUUUUAGUAUUCUGUUGUGUCACUUUUGAUAAUAGCCUAUAUGACUUGUAUUACUGAAUGUACUGUUGUUGAUUGCAUGGCCACUUGAUUGAUGUACAUCAUAUUACAAAAGUUACUUUUUAAGAAAUUAAGAAAAGUUUACAAAUAUUUUAUUGUUUGCUGUUUUCAUUUGAUCACUUCAAAUCCUUAAACAUACAAAAUUUGUUUUGAAUUUUGACUUUAAUACUUUUUGAAAAUAUCCUUUUAAAUAUAUUGUAGCCCUAGGUUGACCAUGCUUUGAACUGCUGGGUCCAAAUGGACAGAAUCAUUUGGUUGGGAUUAGAAAAAGCAUUGGUCAUUUCUCUAUUAAAAACAAAGAUGUUUGUAAAAAUACUUGGUUAAUGUCAGAAAGACAAAACGGUUUUAGUCAUGAUUUUUUUUAUACAUAUACCCAGGUACUUAAAUAUUUAUUAAGGACGAGAUCCUCAGUGCGCUGUUUUGUAUCUCAAACAAUGAAGAAUUCCUAUUUUCUUAUUUAACUUUCCUUGCCUUUUUACUGUAAAGCGAAUACCAGUAUACAGAAAGAUAUAUAUGCAUAAACCUUUGUUUUUCUCACAAUAGAUAUAUUGAAUCGCUGAGCUGUUUAUCGUGAAAAUGGGAAAUCAUCUGUUAUGCUGUCAGUUACCUUUGGUAUAUGUAUAUACAUUGUAAAAGGUUUUUAAAAUUUAAAGUUUUGAGCAACAUUGCUAAUAGAAGUUAUUUCAAAAAGAUAAAAUGCCCUAAAAAGGAUAUAACAGUCUGUAGGAAAUAACAAAAUAACAGAUACAUUUGUAAUUAACUUCUCACAGGACAAUAUAAAGAAAAAUGGACUUUCUACUUUAACAUUGGGUGUGAACCACUUUUGAUGAAAAUGUUAUGGAUGUGUUCAUAGGUGUGCAAUGUACACGAUAUAGUAAGGAAAUGCAUACAUUGUAAUUUGUAUUUGUAAUAAUAUUCAUUAAUGUGCUGAGCAGUUUGUGCUGCAAGCAAUCUGAAAUAAAAAAAAUGAUAAUAGAUGGAU